GAAGACCCCCUAUUUUCAAAUCUGCACUCUCUCUUCUCUCUCUCUCUCUCUCUCUCUCUAUCUCUCCUCUCCGGGGGUGCAGAGGAAGCGACCGCCGCCUUCAGGAGCGUCGCCACCGCUUCAGCGGCGGUUUUCUCUCUGAACUCACCGCCAUCUUCUCAAGCUACUUCAACUUCACUUUCUUCUGAAACUUUCGUCAAGAAUUAAAAACUGAUGCUGUGGAAACUGGAAAGUGAUGCUUUAUGAGAUGGAUCGCAAUGCCGCAGACUUGAUCGUGUGAACCGUAGGGUGGUCUAAGAAUGGUAGAGGCUAUUUCAAAAUGCGAGCAACCAAAUGAAGGCAAUUUUGCAACUGGUUUUGAAUGUUAUAUUCUGCUGAAGAAAGAUGGUAAAACCAUUUGUCGGACACGAUGCCUUAAUCCACUUAUUCAAAUGCCUCCUGUUUGGACCAUAUCUGAUAUAGUUCGACAAAAGCCAGAUGGUAUUGUUUCUGGAUUACCUCAAUGUAUCCUACUCCCUGCUUUUGAAAAUUCUCAACAGCAAAAUGAGUGGGGACUGUUUUUGGGUUUUCUCCGGAAGUACAAAAGGGUUGCUAUCACAAAAAUUGGAGCUUAUGAGUUCUACAUUUCUCCUCCAAAUGAAGGUUCAAAUUUUAGCCAUGCUGUAGUUUCACGUCGAAUGGGGAAAUUGCAUAAUAUGUGUGAUGGUCAAAAGCAUGGUAUUUCAGAGACCACUGAAGAUCCCUAUGAUCGUGAAUCGAGGGAUGGAACUUGUAGCAGAGCUGAAACUAGUGUUCCUAGGCAAAAUGAUCCUUUGGAGAAAAAUUUUGUGCAAGCACACCCAAGUUAUUUGAAAACCCUUGGUCAAGCACAUUCUGGUUGGAUUUUUGGUGCAAUUGCUGAGCUUGUUGACAAUUCAAGAGAUGCCAAAGCGACCAAAUUUGAAGUUUCUAUUGGCAUGGUGUAUUCAAAAAUUGCUGGCAAAGGUAUUCCUAUGCUGUCAGUCAUAGAUGAUGGCCAUGGGAUGACUCAUCAACAGAUUUUGAGAAUGAUAUCUUUUGGGCAUGAGCAACCUGAUGCAGAUGAUCCUGAUCAUAUUGGGAGAUUUGGCAUUGGAUUUAAGACAGGAGCAAUGAGACUAGGCAAGGAUGCUUUGGUACUCACUCAGACUGCUAAUUCCAGAUCUAUAGCUUUUCUUUCACAGUCUCUAAAUGAAGGAAAAGAUAAUCUGGAGAUCCCCAUUGUAAGCUAUUGCAGACGAGGACAGUUUAUGGAAGUCGAUACAAGUGUCCAAACUGAAGCUUUAGCAAAGCACAAUUUGAAAGCUAUUAAGGAAUUUUCACCAUUUAAUAAGUACCUUAUUGGUGAAAAGGCCAGUUUGUUCCAAGAAAAAAGAACGGGAACACAGAUAUACAUAUGGAAUUUGGAUAAAUGGGGAUCAGAUUAUUGCCUGGAAUGGCAGACUGGAAGGAGUGGUGGGAGCUCUUUUCACCAAGGUGACAUACUUAUUCGUUCGCAGCGGAUCAGAUCUCGUCCAGGCCAGACUAGUCGUAGGGUGCCUUUAGACUAUUCACUUCGAGCUUAUUUAGAAGUGAUCUUCUUAGAUCCACGAAUGAAGUUAUAUGUCCAAGGCUCACUGGUCAGAAGUCUACCGUUAGCUAAAUGUCUGAAUAGAACUGUUGUGGAAAAUGGUAACAUCAUGGGAAAACAUGUUCAAAUCAUUCUUGGUCGCUGUCAGUUAGAGUGGGAGCAGGCUAACUGUGGAAUAUUUUUGUAUUGGCAUGGUCGUUUGAUUGAGGCUUACAAGAGAGUUGGGGGCAUGAUUCAUAGUGCAGAUACAGGUCGGGGUGUGAUUGGUGUUCUAGAUGUCACUGAUCUAAUGAAUGAUGGUAAUGGGCAAGUGUGGGUUCACAGUAACAAACAAGGAUUCCAGGACUGUGAACUGUACGCUCGACUUGAGGAGUGGCUGGGUAGUAGAUUUGAUCAAUACUGGGACAAUAAUUAUGAUGCACUUCAAUUGGAAAAGGGUGGUGCUUUCUACAAACCUGAUCAUGAAUGGGUGCAAUGUGACAAGUGUAGGAAGUGGAGAAUGUUGAGGUCUGGUUUUGACAGCAGGAAGCUACCUCAAGAAUGGUUUUGUUAUAUGGACCCUUUCAAUGGAAAAUGUGAAAUGUCAGAACAAAAGGUUGAACGUGGAGUGAUAAUAGUGUCUGAGAAACGUGCUGGAUAUGAUUCCAAGCGGAAGCAUGUUGUAGAUGAAGAUGCGCUUCAUGUGAAACCCAAUAGAAUUUUACAAGGCAGCAGUGACAAUGAUGAUGAUGAUUCAGAACAGACAGUGGAGGAUGGUGGGCCUCAUUGCUUGAAACGGCUUAGAAGGGGACCUGCACGUUUUUGUAAAAAGACUUGAUAGUGUAUAUAUGGGAUUUUAUUUUUGGUCACUGUAGAUAUAUAGAUAUAGCUUUAUGUUGUAAUUCUCAAAGGCCCUCGGUGUAUUUUUUAAAAUGUUGUCUGAACAAAACGAAAAACUGGAUAAGAGAAAGAAGAAUAGAUGUAGAUAUUUUUGUUCUUUUUGCUAGUUUGUACUGCUUUAAAUCGGAUUAUGAAACUGUAUCAAUUUAGAUGGUUUGCAAAUUGCCACAGAUAAAUCAUAGAGCUUUUCAAUUUUA